GUGGUUUUGUGAUAACUGCACUUAUCAGGAAGCCAUUGCACACACGUCACCAGCAGCAGUAAAUAUUUUGUCAUCCUCAUCAGGUACGAUUUCUUGCUACAGGUAUUCCUUAGCCUAAACUUAGCCUCUUAAGCUUAAGUGUGGGUUUGGUUUUUUUUUUUGGCAUUGGCUUUUGUGCCAGGAGAUAAUUAUGAUUACUUUCUCAAGCUCAUUGACGUGUAAUGUGCGCUAUCUCGUCUCACAUCUUAGCUGCUCACCCUGAAAAAGAGAGCUCCCUAACAACGUAACAUAACUUAUCACAUGCAGUUUGUGCAUCAUUGUGGUUAUCGUUUACUUGUUAUUCUUACCUCAUUCAACAAUCCGCUAUUUGGUAAACUUUUCAACAGAUAUCCAGUGACAUUAUCAUUCUACGAAUUAUAACACUUUUAACCUCUGGUGAAUUAGGGCCAAAUUUAUGCCCACUGUGAUCUGGCUCGUUAAAAUAAGCGGCCAAAAAGCUUGUAGGAUCAUCCAGCUCUAACAUUGUACAUAAAUAAUCUAUUCGUUUCUCGAAGGAAAGUGACCGAUAAUAGGAUAAAUAGUGUGUAGGGUACUGGCCUUCUAUUUUCACUUCUGAACCAGGCCAAAACACAACAGCACUUUUCUUAAAAGCUUAUUGAUUCGUGAUCCACACCGGUUCUCCGUUCCACCAUUUUGAAUCCAAGUAAUGCUUUGACACCGCAUCUAAGUAGAAAGUAUCGUUGAAAACAGGAUCGAAAAACGUAUUUGCUACGAUCCCGUGGCUUUCCUCAUAGAGUCCUGUAACUAACGUGAAAUGAUUCGGGAAUGUCUUGGUAACAAAGGUAUUGAUAAGGUGUUUCGCUUUGAUGCCAUUACUUGCGAUAAAAUUCAAAUUCGGAGUAUGAACUUUCGCCAUGUAGUCCCACCGGAAACCAUCGUACGAGACCAAAAUUACAGUGGGUUGUGUCAGAACGAUUCUCUUAUUAAUCGAGGCGAUGGCGUUACGAUUAGGAAGAAAUAAGAAUAAUAUCAACAUGUGCAAUCGGUCUAGCCUCAUAAUGAAAAAGUUUUGGAACGGCACGAAAGGCACUGCAAUUUCUCGUUUUCCAAUAACGGGAAGACCCUGGAGACGAGUUCCAAACCGUGAACUUGCUCUGGAAAGCUGACGUCACUUACGUGUUACCUGUGUGUUACCUAAUACUUUUAUACCUAUGGUUACCUAUCGACUUAUGGACAGGAUAUUUAGAUCAAUUUACAUACGGUACUUCUAAUAGUUCAGUAAGUUCAGUCCGCAAGAAGAAUUUUUUUCCCUUAUAUUCGAAGAUUUGCAAGUAUGAGUUCCCAAAGCGUUCCUUGUAUCUCUACUGGGACAACUUUAAACAAUCGGUAGGUUUACAAGGCUUUUACCAGUUUUAUUAGUUAGCCGAACGUGCAGCAUAAAUAUUGCCACGGCGGAUUAUAUUCUAGUGUUAGUUUUAGUUGUGUUUAGUCUUGACAAAGAGAUUCUGAAAUGGCUUUCCAUUUGCCCAAAAUAUUCUCGCAAGUUGCCCAAAUCAUUUUUUUACGACCGAAAAAAAUUCAAAAACAAAAACAUCGCCCCAAAAUGAGGAAAAUGUUUUCCUUCUUAUUCGAAUGACUCAAGAAGACGGCCAAGUAGAGAAACUACAGGUUGGGUAGCUUAAUUCAGGUGGAAAGUGGAAAAGUACACUUGAGUGAGUGUACCAAGCUUAGUGUCGAUGAAAGACUGGUUGCUCCAGAUCCGGACAUGCUCGGCUACAGAACUUUCGUAGUGAUUUAAAGCGUUGGGUCACGGUGAAAAAAGUUUAGCGUCUCGUAAGCUCUUGUAAUCUCUCGGUGCGAGUAGACCUGAAACCUGGAAUGAAUAUUCCAGCACAAAUGCCCUCCUUAUAUACUGUGAAAACGAGCGAACAAUAGUUCGUAAUUUGAAAGUGUAAGAACAAAUUCUGGACAAAAAAUACAAAGAAUAUAGCACAUACUCAGCAUACUUGCUAUGCCCCGUCCUAAAACGAAGGAAAAUUCAUUUCCUGUUCCUAGAGCGACCGCGCGCCCUUUAAAAGUUGGCGCCAAAAUUUAUACACAUAUUCAUUGUAACCGGUCCUAGAGAAAAAUAAUCGGUCAUAUUAUCGGUUGAAUUUUUAAGGUUUAUUUUUUAAAUUAUCUACCACUAAGCAUGCUAAAUAAAAUGAACAUUUAAAGUUAAUUUUGAGCAAAAAUUGGGGUAAGGGAUCCCUUUCGCCUUAGCUAAGCUGAGAAUAUAUAAAAAAAUACCAAGUCAAUGUUGACAAGCAACCAGUGACAGCAAAAUAUUCACUUAAAAGACGCAAAAAGAAGAUAGCAAGAACUUAAAUUAAGGAAUCGCUUAAAAUAGUGAUAAAAUAAGAUUUUGCAAUUUGUCUGGCUCAGUUUAAUUUACAGAGAUAUAUGUCACAACAGCAUGAUAAACUGCUGUUUACGUGCAAACCAAUAUGAAUUCCCUAGUUUACAAAAAUACGAAUCAAAAUUCGUAGAUAGACAUGUUACGGUUUUCACUCAAGUAAGCUGCACAAACUGUUUUCGUGUGAUUCAAACACAAAGAGAACAUUACAAGUACUGAGCCAUGUAUCGGGCGCGAGAAGUAACACUAGUUAAUAACGUUGAAAAGAUCGUUCGCCUCCCCAUAAUAAGUUAAUAAAAAGACCAAUGAGUGGUUAACAAAAAGAUAUUGUAUUUUAGAAUGAAAAUGUGAUAAAAUGAAACCAAGUUCAGUGGUGCAGAGUAAAAUACAUGAUCAAUUAAAGAUACUUUUAUUCUCUUUUAAGAGAUGCUGAAUUAAGGAAACUACAUCUCCGCUUCCAAGAAUGGUGUUCUGUUCAAGCUAACUGAUUUUAAGUGUGUGCUGAAAGAGAUCUAAAGAAAACAGUUCAAGUCUGUAUAAAAUUGAAGUUAACUUUACCUUGAACGUUCUUUGUCUACAUGUAUUUCAAAGCAUAACUUUCGUAAUUUCUUUCAGGUGGAUCGGUUAAUGUGCAAAAACUCCAAAUAUCAGUCCAUAUCAUCUAAAUGUAGACUACUGAUUAAUAAUUUUCCUUUGCUUCAUGUUUUGCUUAACGCACCCGCGCUAGUAGCGUUUUUAAUUCAAGUUCAACUGAUGUAACUUCAAAAUGGACAGAUGCAAGUUAUUUUCCACUAAACUGAUAGGUUCUGUUUUGUGACGAAGCAGAUGCACACAACUCGGUUUCUCACUGUUUUCACUUUAUAAUAUUAAAAUGCUCAUCUAUUCCGUGCCAUGUUGGGUAAUAUCUUGGCCCGAUAAAUUACACCAUUAGUUUCCUUCGCCUGCGGAAAUCCAAGGAUGACCAACAGAAAUUUUACAGCUUUGAACAGAUCGAUGGCGGAAGUUAAGUGUCGCUCUGAACCUGGUCUAAAAGACAUCAGGACAUUCUGCCAUGGAACCCGCUUUCGUUUCUCAUACAAAAUAUUAAAAACGUCGUCUGUCGAUUCUCUUUAGUUUCCCAGUGAACUCCAUUAACUGUACAACUACGUUUUAAUUUCAAAGAAUCCCGUUUGUAGUUUAGCAUUUUUGUUCUUGAAAUAGAAUGUAUUAAUUCUGAUUAUGUAUUUCUGUUACCAAUCAGAGAACGCUUAUAUCUUCUACGUCAUUGUUUUUGACAAGCAGGUCACGCUAUACUCUCGUUUGUUUGUUUUUUUCUUCUGAUGAGUGAUGAGCGCCCUGAGUGCAUUGUGAACUGACUCAAGAAUCCGUCUUUGAUUUUUUAUUAUCAGAUUGUUAUUUAUUCACGCAUUCACUUUGUAUAGAGCACUCCUGCAACUAAUCGAAGCAACAAAUAUUGCACGAUGUUCAUGGACAGCGGGAGGGAGGCAAAGCACGAAAAGCGAGAGACCCUCGGGCACUAGCGUGCUACGGUUUGUUGACGGAAAGGGUCAUGUGGUACCCUGCGAGCAGAGGCCGAUCGAUCUUCCUAUAUAAGACUUAUCUAGGAAGAUCGAAGGGCUUCUGCUAGCAGGGUAGUCAUAUGGACACUUCAGCCCGGUUACCGGGAUGAAAGCGGGAUGAACUGGCGGUCCGGAUGGCGUCGUCUUGCAUUUUCUUCAUCAUAAGCAUGCCGGAAGAAAACCCCAAGUGCGGCGAUGUGAUUGGUAAUCCUACUAAGGAAUCACAUGCCCUUGGUUCACAUGAAAUCACAUGCCCUUGGUUCAAAGACUUAAAUGACAAAGCAACAAAGCGGAAGAGCGCUUUCCAGUUCAAAAGGAAAUGCGCUAGGUUCCGAGCGCGUAGCGCCCUCCGGCCGGAAGCUCUGUGUCUUGCUUGAUUGGUUAGCGAGGUAAGCUAUGUCCAAUUAGGGCAAAGGCAAUUUAAAUAUUCUUGUGGACACUAUUUGGAAAACUUCAGGAAAGUGUGCCAGCUCUGGAAGAAAGGGAGAAAAGGAAAAGGCUAUAGUUUUGGCUUUGCUUUUACGACACAGUAGAGGAUUUGCAAGUAUGAGUUUUCAAAGUACCCCGGUUUGUACCGCUAGCGGGACAAGAAGUAACAAUCGGUAGGUUUAUUACGUUUUUAACAUUUAACAGAACGUGGUUCCAAAACGCUUCGCCGGCAAAGAAACUCUCAACGCUUAUUAAUUUUGUUGUUUUGCAUUGGGUUUCGUCUUUAAAGUGCAAAACCUAGAGAUUCAGAAAGAUUUUGCUUAAAAAUUCUACUGAAUAUGUAAUUGGCCCCUGUUAAAUUUUGACUACAAUGAUAAAUUGUAGUUGUUAUUAUAUCAUGAUCGUGCGGACUAAAGGAAAUCAGUUGUCAGCAGUUGGGUCGUGCAUCCCCUAACUCAAAGCGUCGGGCGAGCACUCUAACUCUGAUCUGACGUGUAGAUAGACGAUACUCACUGUUUACUAGACUAAUAUGCGAAACACGUCUUACAUAUUGUCGAAAGCAUAGUUUAUGGUCAGAAAUGUAACAGAAGAGGCAAAAACGUUGUCCACGCAUGUAGCUGGGAAAUCAGGAAUACACCGACUACACACCGGGCGAGUGCGGAACGAAGUAAUAGCAUCAGAAUAAACUUAAUUUCGACCUUUUGUAGGCAAUAAGGCUUACGUUCACUUCUAUCAUCGCCCCAUGUAAGGGAAUCCGGAUUCCGGAAUCUGGGAAAUUUUUGCCUGUAGAAUCCCGAAUCAUAGAAAAUUUUGCUUGUGGAAUCCGGAAUCCUGAGCCGGAAUACAGCUGUAGGAAUCCAGAAUCUAACUAACAAUUGGAAUCCGGAAUCCAAGGUCCACUGAAAAAGAUUUCGAAUCCAGUAGUGAGAAUCCGGAAUCCAUGGCGUGGAAUCCAGAAACCAAGACUGUCUUGGCCCUUAAUAAAUGGGGUGGGUGGAGGUGUGUUGGAGGUGUGUCUGUCAAUCAGCCAAUCAGAAGCUAUACAACGAAGUAUGUCAUCUUUAAUAUUUAAAUCAUUUUCGAGGUAUCCAUUUCAUCUCGCUCCACAUUAGCUGAUCGUCGAAACACUUAGGAAAAAAUGCUAAUUUUCAGUUUUUCUUCGUUCACGACACACAACAACACAAAACUAGCAGAAGUUUUGGAAGUAUGAGUACUCAGCUAACUGGAACAGCGAUUUACACCCGGUAGGUAUAAGCAUGCAUCAAGCUUUUACGAUCGAGGUUUUUUUUUUUUUUUAACGGCCGUGGUAUAUACACGUACACACAAACACGGUAUUGAGCUUCCUUGGAAAAGGGCUUUUCAUCAUGAAUAUUAAAGGUACAAUUGAUAAAUAAAGAAAAGCGUUUUCACAAUAGGAUUUUUUACAAUAUCACGUCUGCCAACUUACUUUGGUUUACGCAUUUCUAAUUCAUGGUAUUUAAAAAACACCCCGCAAAAAAAGUUAAAUUAACUUAAAAGAGGGUUACAUUUCUUUUUAUUAAUAAACGUUUCAAAAUUUUGACUUGAUUAUUAAGAAAGAGCUGGUUUGCCGAUGCUAUGUCAGGACGGUCUAAAAAACGAAAAUGAUGAAGUCGCUAACCGAAGCAAAUAUUUUUGUAUGCGGACCCCCAUGGAAACACCAGACACUUGAAGUUAAACAGCAAGGCAGGCAAAACUGCUUGUUCGAGAGGAGAUUCAUUGAUUGGUUCACUAAAUGACUAUUUCAGAGAUCUUCUGUUAUUUUCUAAUAUGCUCUACGAAGAAACAUAUAUAUUUUUCGUAAGAACCAGACGGACAAAGCUCACUUUCGCCUUCGAAUGGCAAGUCACUACUUACGAUCAAACUAGAUCUUUGAACCUUCCUAUUUUUUAAACUACGCUGGUAUUACGACUAGUCAUGGGGAGACAGGCUUAAGAUGCAGAUGAAGAGCGAGGAAAUCGGGGAACGUUCUGAUCAAUAAAAAAUUACACAGUUUGUCCAGCUACAAAAUAAUUACUUAUCGAAAAUCGUUAUAGAAUCCCCUACCCGAAACACCCAUAUCGACAAUCGCUUUAUAAGCCGUGACUUAAACUGAAAAGAGGGGAAGCACGACAUAGGUAACUUGUGGUAGCUAAAAUAGGAGUCAUCUCAUUUAUAUUUCAUUUAUGGUAGUUAACUUUAGAUUAUAAAAUAACUUGAGCGAUCACCUUCAACAAUGACAACAAUAGCCACGUUCAACUUAUCUUGAGCGGUGUACAAUUUUUCUCUUGCGGCCUUUAUUAAACGUGCUUAAGAGAGUGCACAGAGGUUCCAUGAUUAUCCUCUCAUGACAUUGUCCGUUUUCUGAUUGUAACACACGUACCACUGUUUCGAAGCGUCUCCUGCCGUGUAUUAUUAAAAUUAUGUCAUUAUGCAAAGUGAUCAGACUGACUAGACAACUUGAUAACAUAAAUGCCGUUCCUUUCGCAUCAUCAAUGCCGGAAGCAGUGUCGAUCUCUAUUGCUCUAAAACUGCAUUUUUAAGUCAAAGCCAACCAGUCAAUUUGCAGACGAUUUUUCAUAUCUCAGUAGUUCGCAUUUGCAAAAUCCAGUCUUGAAUGUAUUCUUGUUGCCAAUCAGAAGGCCGUUUUUAUUGGCCUCAAGUAUGUAGAAUUUCAUUUGCGACCUGAUCGGUCCCGAAGUGAAAAUGGCGGUCCUGCGACUUACCUCGCAGCAAAAACCCAGCAAGAAGGUACGUCUAAGAGCAGGAAAACCUCAAAAGACUUUUAAAGAAAAACAUAUGAUUAUAUCAAAGCUUACUCUCCGGCGUAUGAUCUGAUUCGCGAACACAUGAUCAAUUUCCUCGCUUAUGACUGUGACGUCAAACAGACGCUCGAAGUCAAUCAAGAAACUGUUUUAUUAGAGCCGCCUCCUUGUUAGUGACAAGCCUUAAGACUUCCCUUGGAGAGGGGUAGUUUGCAAUGCAUCAUAAUAUGUUCCUAGAAAACUCUCAUGUUCUAUUUGGAUUAUUUGUUUCUAUUUAUUUAAGAGGAGUGCUUGUAAACUAGCUGUAAAGCUAAGUUCACUUCCACUAUAAACAAAGCUUUACCUUUCACCAGGAGACAAAAUUGAACCUGCCUCUCCCCUCCCUACAUUGUUAAUGCCACAGGAAGUAUAGAAAUUUAAAGGUCCAAUGAAUUCAGCCAAUCAGAAGAAAAACUAAUAACUGUUUAUAAUUACCUAUAGAAAACAGGGGUCGCAACAAAAUUUUUUUGUCGUGCGUUUACACGUACGGUACGACUGCUACGACAGAGCAGAGAGGUCAUUUUGAAACUGGUACGUACGAAAACAGAUAAUCGGACAAAAGACCUAAUUUUUAUCCGUUAUUUUCAUUUGUGCAUAAUUGGAAACAGAGUUUUUGCAAGUAUGACUUCCAAAAGCAGUCAUUAUCGGUAGGUCAGAAGGUGUUAAGGUUUAAUACACUAGCGAAGGCGUGAUACUCAAGCUGACGUCACCUCCUAUUGAUAUUAAUGUGCCGCGUUAAAAAUUUGAAUAACAAAACAAUGUUUGUAAACGGUGAUGUCUUAUAUACAGAACUACUCAACAGUGGAAAUACUCAAUACUGUUUUGCCUUUUUUUUUUUAAAUUGUGAUACCGUCCAAAACAAAUAACUUAAAAUGGCUUCUCGAUAAAAAUAUUUACGAUCGGAUCAGAUUUUAAGCACGACAUACAGAGCCUGAUCUAAUUAUAGUCCACCGUUUUAAACAUUUUGCCGGGACUAUUUUAGAGCAUAGGGUCCCCUAAAGCUUUUAAAAAGUGAAGAAGGUUACAUUUCGUAAGAGUUUUACGUGCCGUUGUCAGUAAUUAUAGGGAAUCCGGCGUAAAAGGAGUAAGUAGGUAAGUAACAACUUUAUUUAAUGAGGGUAGCACAUGACAGGAAAAACUGAUGAACUAGUGGCCCUCCAAAAAGAUAGAAAUGAAGAAGAACUGAAUUCUAUUUUUUAUUUUACCCCCCCACCCCCACCCUACCCCCACUCAACAAAAUGCUUUUUAGUAAACUGUGUGUUUAAAAAAUAAUACUCAAAAGUUCUAGAAAGCCCCCCUUUUUAUGGCCACAGGAAAAAGAGUACAGUAUCGUUAAACAAAUGCUUCCCCAAGUUUCUUCUUGGCUACUUCCUAAUGUGAUUGAAGAGUCCACAAACCAGAUCACUGUAAUGACUUCAUCAUUCGAUUCAACCUCCAAUAACGGCCACCUUUCCACAAUGGCCACCCGGCUCUACAACGGCCUCUUUAUUCUGUCCCGGCGGAGAGUCCAUACAUUGACUCUUGUUUAAACCUCUCUACAACGGCCUCCUCUCCACAUCGGCAACGGCCACUAAAACCUGUCCCCAACUGCCAAAAUAACCCUUCGACAAACGGCCAGUUUUUUCAGCGACUGACGAAAAAGUCAAGAAUGGUCUGUGAUACUUGAUCCGUAAGGCGCGUUGAUGAUUUAAUCGCUACAAUCGUAUUUGUUUCAUUUAUAUUCUUUUCUUUACUGCAGCAGCAAGCAUAAAUUGUCUACGAUACUUAUAGCGAAUGUUGCGAACCUCUCUCGUUUUGUCACGUUAACAAUUUGAUUCAAAACAUAAUUCAAGCUUUUUGUUUAUUUUCUCUCUAUUAUUUAUGAUGGCAUUUUCACCGUUAUGGGAGACAGUGAGCAUGAACCGCAGUAACUACGUAAUUUGCAUUAAUAUCUUGAGGGCAGUGAAUAUUAUCAUAGUGCACCAACUAUUAUUUAAAAGUCAAUGCUCAUUUGCUUUGUUUUGAUUUCUCAGGGGAUUCCUGGAAAGCAAUGGAGCUCAGCAACACCCAGAGGAAAGGCUACAGCCAACAGAACAAGAGGUACGUAGAUAAGUUUGCCAGAGGUAGUUGAGGAUAUUUACUUCUCUAAAGUAGAUUAAUGUGCAAUUAUUAUCACACACAUAAUGGUUCAUUAUCCUUAAAAAAAUUUUAUAAUAAUAAUUAUUUUAGACAGCUUAUAACCAUUGGUAACCAAUGUGAAAUAUUUACGUAAUGUUAAACUUGUAGGAAGUCAUGGUUCAAGAAAGUAGAGAAAUUGACCUGAGAGAGCGGAUGGAAGGGCAGGCUAAUGGAGGUGAAGACAAUUUAGAUCCUGUCUUUUACGUACCAGCAUAUACGCCUAAUCAGCUAAUGGAGUUGGAGGUUCCCUUGCAACCCCUGCUGCAGUCAGUGCCUUUUAGCCCUGUACGUGAGCAAGCCAAUGAAGGAUACCUUCCAGUGACUGUACCCUCAGCAAAUCAACUGAGUUAUAGACAAGAACAGACAGGAGCAUCUGUGUUGGCUAAUCGAGCUGGGUACCCUCCUGAGGCAGCAAAUAACGUUGGAAGACUUCCAGUUGAGCAUCCCGACAUGCCUGAAUUUCCGCUACAUCAGCAUCAGAUUUUAAACAGGCAAGUGUCAUAAUCUGUCGUGCUUUCGUUAUAACAUUUUAUGCUACUAUACUUAGUAGUAGUCGGGGAAUCGAACAGGUAGGAGCUUCUCUCUGAUCCGGUUUCUGCUGCACCCAUUAACAGUCCCGCGAUGUCUUCCUUUCUUUUUCGUUUCCUAUUUUUUAAUGUUUUUGAAAUUAAUUUUGGACAAACUUGAAGUCUCAGAAAUACUUUCUACUGCAAUAGACUGCAGCGAGAACGUUAGGAAUUGAUGGUGGUACUCUUAUUCUACCAUUACGACUACAAGUCAGCAACUUUGUUCAAAGUGUAUAAGAUAACGAACAGGGCACCUCGGUAUAGACGUUUCAAUUGUAAAAAAGUUGAUUGCCUCAUUGUUUGAAUGAAUGGAUGAUAUUAAAUUAAAUUUUCUUGUAUGCAAACUGCAAUGCGUUAUAUAAAUCGACUUUCAAUCAGUGAGUAUUUUGGUCAUCCCAGACUCACGGAGACCACUGGCAUUAAAGUUUUUAUUGUCACGAGGCGUGGCCAUAGGUCUCGAUUCUUGGUACAACCGUAUAAGUGUUUUAGGUAAAAAGUGUCAAAUAACCGAUUAGCUGAAGUGCAUUCCACAUUAAGGUGACUCGACCUAUUAUUGUGUGAGGGUACCAUCCUACUUUGAAGCUCUCUGGUAUCCCCACCUUUACAUUGAUCGUAAGUCUAACAUAUACCAUGGAUAACUACAUAUAGAUCAAUCCAAUUUUUGUUGAUCGGAGUAAAUGUCACGUGGUUAUAUUGCCACGCCUCUCUGGGGUCUGAGUCGAAAUUCUGCUGUUGCCGACAUUUUUUCGUGAACAUCUCUUGGCUACAUAUAGUUCGCAUUACUGCCUUUCGUUGAACAGAGUUUCACCAAAAUCGCUAAGACCCAAUGAGAGAAAUCAGCGGUUUCCAAAUUUAGGUCAUAAUUUAUGUGAAAAUGAUUAGCGAACUUUACACGUUUAUAUCUAAUAAACUAUGAGGUUUAUCCCUUUAUUUUGGGGAUCUUUAUAACAGAUGGGUCCUUGUAAGUCAGCAAAAAGCUUUAGGGCCUUGUAAAUGCGCGCGAUUUCGAGCAAUGCAAACAUAUAGAAAUUAUAGUUUUAACUAUUUGUUGACGUUUGUCAGCGUUUAAGAGUCCUUCUCACGAAAAAAGCAUUUUCUUAAAAAAUCGUAGUUUUUUUCCUUCAGAUUUUUUCAUGGCCACAAUUGGUUAACUAACUACCCGGAUUCUGAAUUUCAAUCUGUAGCCGGGGCGGAGGUGAGUCGAUCGGUAAAGAAACACAAAUUCACUCUCUGACCAUGCGAGGAUGAGGGCCUUUACAACGAUUUCAACCAAAAGCCAGUCUACUCUCUUACAAUUCUUUAAUAAUGUGGCUUGGAAUCACGUAAAAACUGAAAUAACAAUACAGCGAAACAUCCAUAACUAACAAAAAUAUGUCUGGACGCGAAAUUAUAUAUGGGGGCGUAACCAAAAAUAAAAUGUACAAUUAGCGACUCAAAAGGUUUAAGGAUAAUAAGCAGCAUAAUUCGGAAUACAAUAAAACUACAUGACGUCUGUAAAUAAAGGAUAGUGAAAACAUACCUCUUUUCCCUAUCUGAACUCUUUUAAAAACUCUAAAAUAAACGUAGACUACGAGCAGUCUCUCUUUUUUCUGUAGUCUGUCGAGCAAAACGCUAGACACGCAAAUGGCCACGCGCGUGACUGAUGGCGCGAGACGGGAGAGGCACGAAAAUAAACUCGUCUUUCUUUCUUCCAAACAACUUGUCUCCCCGAGUAUACGAUUGUGUAAGAUAAUAUCUGCGUUAAUAACUGUGUUACAUAACUACGACGUAGAUGUUACGCAACGAAAAGUAACGUGAUUACACAAUCUGAUUCUGUUACUCCAAAGAAGCAGUGGUAUAUGGCAAGGAGCACUCCUACAAACUAUGUACCAUGUAAUCUAAUAAACUGAACUACAGAGAGGGGAGAGUCGGUCCGUUUAUCGACAGUCACGUCAUGAUUAACGGGCCCGGAAAGUUGUUGUUGUUUACAUUUAAGAGUGAGACUGGUUUCCUUUGUUAGCCAGGAAGCCACGCUCUUGUUCUUUAGAUUUUCAUUUAACCUCAUCCCAGAGCUUUCACCCCCUCAAAGGGAAAAGCCUUGGGACGAUUGGGGAUGAGGUUGUUUGAAUUCGGGGCCCCAGGCCGCUCGAGGCUACUAAGCCACACUAACACGACUAAAAAGAAGGCUAUACGUUGUUCAGUGAAGGCAACUGGUGGAGUUGUUUUACUGACUUAUCGUUCACCAAAAGGGAAAUGGUCGGAUUAUGUUCAGACUGCUGGAAACAUUUUGCUCUUCUCAAACUGAGUUGCUUCUAUAACUUCGAUGAUCCACUCAAUUACCUCUAGUUAUCCUUCGAGUUGUAUUAUAGAUGUUUUUUAUAUAUUCAUUAUUUUAUCUUCAUCUUCCAUGGAUUUACAACAAACCACUGAACCAAAUCAGACCAGCCCCCUUGGUUAAUUUGUAAGCUCAAUUCUGGGUUAGAUUUCGCGCGCUGCACCGGUCAUGGUAUUGCAGAGGUCCAAGGUUUCGAGGUCGUACUAGCCUGAAUUUUACGACUGCGUUGUAAAGGUUCCUUCUUACUGCUGUGAUGUUCUGCAUUUAAUUUUUUAUUGACUUUAUCCUGCAGUUCUAUAUGUUCACAUAUACAUUGUUUGUUAAUCACCGUUUCAAAUCCUUUUUGACAGAUUAAAAAGACGUUCAGUCUAACCAAUUUCAACAGUUUUCAAAAAAUAACUGAUAUAAUGAUAAGGUGAUUAUUAUUUCCAUAGGUUAUAUCCCCAAGAGCCAGUGCCAUCCAUUGGUCAGAACUGUGGUGGAAAAUAUACUUGGAAGAUAAAGCAUUUCUCUCAGCACAUCCAGGAUGCUUUCAAUGGAAUAAUAACAUCACACGGGAGUCCUCCAAUUUACACAGGCCUACAAGAAUACAAGUUCUUUAUGCGUAUCUUCCCAAACGGCGUUAAUGGUGGGGAUGAACGGCACAUUGGCCUUUUUGUCGGCAUGAUGCAGGGAGAAUACGAUACUAUUCUGGAGUGGCCCUUCUGUGGACGAAUCGUUCUCACCAUCAAGGAUCAAACUGGUGAUGUUAAUGGCUUACGCAACGAUAUCAGUGGCACUUUCAUGGCGAAAAAAAAUGUGGGAGCUUUUCAGAAACCCACUGCCGCCGGGCCAUACAGCACCCUGUAUGGCUACGCAGAGUUUGCACCCAUAGCCCUGGUUUGCUCCCCACAGUACUUAAAAGAUGAUACUGUGAUGAUUCAGAUCGAGAUUCAUAAAAACAUCUAAACAUUUUCCUUUGUA